AUGCUCUGCUCCAGUUCAGACAGCUUGCUAUACUCAGGUGGUGUCUGUGAUACCCCAGAUAGACACGCUCUAUGCUAUUCAGACUCAGUCUGGUCAAAAUGGAUGCCCGCUUACAAGACUGUCGGCACUCGGGUGAUCACAGCUUUUAAUUACGCAAAUGAGGAAAUGAACGUUGACAUAUCCAAAUCAACAGACCCCUCAACCUCACAGUUGGAUGAAGAACCUUCGAGUAAAGUCCCCGCGGCAGCGGCCUCGUCUAUCGAGACAACUGGUUCGGUAGAGGCGAGCAUCAGUACCAAGAAUGCUCCUACAAACACAGAAUCAGCCCUUACCGGUCAGACCUCAUCUUCGGACAACGACCCCAAAGAUCCUAGCACACCUAUUGGACCUAUCGUAAGAGGCGUUAUCGGAGAUCUGGCGCUUAUUGCACUCAUUGGGGUCGGUUUGUGGUUCCUUCGUCGCAAGAAGCACAUCCAUUCUCACAGACACUCCAACAUUCAUGCAAUGGCAAACUAUCAUCCUCAACCUCAAGCACUGCCACAUUGCUAG